UCAAAAAGCUUCAACAUAAUCAAAUCAAGUUUGGGAUCAGUGUUCGAACUUCAAGACACAGGAAAAAUAAGGUUUUGAAUCAAUUUUGAGUUAUAAAUAAUAUUUGCUGAUUUUUUGAUCGAGGGUACUUUAGAUAUCCUUUGGUACAUCCUUUCAGCAUUCUCAAGUUCGUUUUCAAGGAGAGAGUAAAAGUCCCGGGAAUGCUGGAAGAUGUGCCUCAUCCUCCAGAAUUCCAUCUUUGAAGUUGAUGAACUUACCGGUUUUCGAAACUUGACCUUAUUCAUCUUUGAUGAUAUUGGAUUUGGAGUUAUUGGCGAACCAUCAUUAAAUUUCGAUGCACAGAAGCAGAAAAGGCUUGUAAGUACUUUGAGAGCGCCUUUUCUGUUUUUACAUGAACUUUGUGGAGCCGGUUGAGCUUGAUAUAUAACAGAUACUACCUGUUCUGUAAAUCACAUAAAUUGUGCUUGCAAGGUGUGUUAGUUGAUAUUGCUAAAUAUUAGGUUAGUUUGGAAUGGAAAAUAACCGAGUGUAUUGACCCGACGAUAUGAAAUUGGGCGACAACUUGGCCAAGGUGCCUUUGCAAAGGUGUAUUAUGCGAGGAGUAUACAAACCAACCAGAGUGUGGCCAUAAAAGUGAUAGACAAAGAAAAGGUCACGAAGGUCGGGACGAUUAAUCAGAUCAAGCGAGAGAUUUCGGUGAUGAGAAUCGCUAAACACCCUAAUAUUGUGCAGCUUUAUGAGGUAAUGGCCACCAAAACUAAGAUUUUCUUUGUUAUGGAAUACUGCAAAGGUGGUGAGCUCUUUAACAAAGUUGCUAAUGGAAGACUAAAGGUUGAUGUUGCAAGAAAGUAUUUUAUCCAGCUGAUUAAUGCAGUUGAUUUCUGCCAUAGUAGGGGUGUUUAUCACCGCGAUAUAAAGCCUGAGAACUUGCUGUUGGAUGAGAAUGAGAAUCUAAAGGUCUCUGACUUUGGGUUAAGUGCGCUAGCGGAAUCAAAGCGUCAAGAUGGCCUGCUUCAUACUACUUGCGGUACUCCUGCAUAUGUUGCUCCUGAAGUGAUCAGCAGAAAAGGUUAUGAUGGAGUAGCAGCUGAUAUUUGGUCGUGCGGAGUUGUGCUAUACGUCUUACUAUCAGGUUAUCUCCCAUUUCAUGAUUCAAACUUGAUGGAGAUGUAUAAGAAAAUUGGCAAAGCAGAUUUCAGAUAUCCUAGCUGGUUCCCUCCGGAAGCACGCAGGCUGGUCUCUAAGAUGUUGGAUCCAAACCCAACUUCUAGGAUUUCAAUGUCUAAGAUUAGGGGAAGUGGUUGGUUUAAGAGAGGAUUGAUUGCCGAACUAAAAAAACCUGAAAUGGAAAACGAGCAAGCUUCUCAGGAUAGUGGGAAUAGCAAUCACAAUGCCGAGACUAAACAAGAAUCAGUUCAACUUCCAAACCUAAACGCAUUUGAUAUCAUAUCACUUUCAGAUGGGUUUGAUCUGUCAGGAUUGUUUGACAGAAUUUCUGAAAAGAGAGAAACAAGAUUUUCUUCCAGACAACCUGCCUCGGUCAUCAUCUCUAAGCUGGAAGAAGCUGCUAGACGUUUGAAACUAAAGGUGAAAAAGAAGGAUGCAGGUGUGUGGAAACUGGAAAGGCUAAAGGAGGGUCGAAAAGGGAUCUUGUCAAUCGAUGCGGAGAUCUUUCAAGUGACUCCGACAUUUCAUCUAGUGGAGAUUAAGAAAUCUAAUGGAGACACUUUGGAAUAUCAGAAGAUGGUUAAAGAGGAUAUGAAGCCUGCUCUCCAGGAUAUUGUAUGGGUUUGGCAGGGUGAUCAACAACAGCAACACGAGGAACACCAGGAGCAACCUCAACAACAGAAUGAUUCUAGCUCUGCCUCCACCAGCAACUAUGACUAACCUUCUUAAAACUGCUAAUUUUCUCAAGAUGUUUGUACAUUGCCAUACUGUGUUUUUGAACUCUUUUGUUUGAUCUUCAUAUGAUUGUAUUAAGCCUGUUUCAGUAAAGUUACUGUCCUUUGGCAAACGUAACUGAUAGCUGACUAGACUAUCAUUGGACAUCGUCCUACUUGUACAGAUACCAUCUCUCUCAAUCUAGCGUUAUUAGGUGAAUGAAAUUGGGAUUAGUGCGGCCUGCACUUGA